UAUACAGCGUUGCCACUUCGUAUCUAUAAUAAUUUCGCUGGACGUAAAUUUCAACCUAAACAGUUCAAUGGACUUUUCGAAAACCCUAAACGUGCCAGGUAGCGUCAAACGUCUCGUGUUACUAACGGAAAAUAUAGAAAGUGGUGCUACGCAGUUUGUUUCAUAGAAAUCUGUGAUAUUUGAGUGCAAGUUCGUGUCCGCGCUUGUGAGAUCCGUGACUAGUCCUACAGGGAGAUUAUUCAGCUGUUUUAGGCUAAAAGGUUGAUCGGUGCAGUGUGGGCGCGUGUAGUGUGUCGUUGUGUGCGUGUGUGUGUGUGCGUGCGUGCGGCGGCAUGGCGCGGAGCUAGCGGCGCGCGCUCGCGGCAUGCGCGCUUAGCCAUGCCGGCGCGGCUCGGCACCACAUGGCGCAGUACUCACAGCGGACACAGCCGAUGCACAGGUACCUAAGUAUAUCGAGGUAAGGAAUUCAUAAUACAUUUUUAUUUGUAACAAUUUAUUAUUCUGAUUACAACGAAAACAGUCUUUGCAUAACAAAUUCUUAGUAUUCUAUACAUAUUUACAUAUUAGAUAGCAAGUCUUUAGAGUAAUGAAGUGUCACGGAAGCAUUGUUUUACUUCUUUUAGAAUACAAUGUACAGUAUCUUUAAGGCGCUUGUGAAUAACUUAUUGACAGUAUUGGAGACUAAACCUUGCAAAAUAUAAAUUAUAAACAAAAAACGAUGUUGUUGCAAUCAGGGAUUGAUAACGGGUUUCAAAUAUCGUUAACAUUUAUAUUAACAAUAAGAGAAUAUCGGUCGGCAUUUAGUCCGUAUAUACGUAUUCGUAUGUUUUCUCCCUACAAACAUUAGAGCAAAUAUUGUUUUACAAUACAAUCUAUGUCUACCAGUGUCAUGUUCUUGUGUAUCGUUUUUAUCCAAAAAUUAAUAAUUUUCAAACCUAGGAACGUUUUAAAUUACUAAUAUUAAGAAAUCCAGAAAACAAAUUUAAACAGCACAAAAAAAAACCAAAAGAAAAACAUACAAUCAAAUCAGUUCAGUUUUGGAGGAGGAAAUAAGGGAGUACUGAAAAAUGAGUUCGUAAGUUUUUCGUAGGUAUAAUCAACCCGAACUGCACGGAAUGCAAUUGUCUGUAAAAAUAUAUUCUGCAAACUCCUUGCAGCCAGAUAUCCUCUUAAAGUUCUAAGAAAGAGUACCGUUUGAAAAGAUUGAUUUCACAUUCGUGGCCUUAGCUUUAAAUUUAUUUUUAUAUAAUUUCUUUAAUUUUAAAUUACAAACUUAGGGCAGAGAAAUGUAAGACUACAUGAUGCCUUCGCCAGCGUAAAAUAGCAGCUUGGUUCCUCUGUUUCGUAUGGAGAGUGCAGAGAACCGGAGACCCUUUUUACUGGAAACGAGGCAUUUCAUGUUAGUCCUCAGGAGUGACAACGUAUCUGCGUUUUGAUUAUUCAUCGGGGAUUGAUGUAGAUGUCUAUAGGCCACAGUAUCCACUUAUCAUCAGGUGGACUAUGUGCUCGUUUGUCACCUUUAUCCUAAAAAAAUGUAUCCUCAUUUCAAUCUCUAAUUGUAACUGUAUUUUAUUUACAUGUGUCGCGUCACGACUUAAGCACACGUUAAAAGAAUAAAAUAACUAAAUUAGUAGCUACGCGACUUGCACGAACCGUAAGAAUGUCAAUCGGAGCUGUCCCGUCGCUGGUGCUUCACGUCUGUAAUUCGGGCGUUGUCCGUGUUGGAGCUGCCAGGCUGUUCGUUACUGAAAUGGCAGGCUACAGCCUCUUGCAUUAUAUUCGCUAUCUGUGCCCGCGUCCACAUCUUGAUGUUCAACGGAAGCUGUCUCAUCUCUGGCAGAAACGAGAGCAGGAACAGCUUGUCCGUGUCAGCCUCCAUGUCCCCCGGUAUUUCUACAUUGUUGAACACCGGCAUCUCGACUUCAUCCUGGGGCGGUUCACUGUCCGAGCUGGACUUUUUGAUGCGUUUCUUUCGCUUCGGUUGUUUUGCGGAACUGGGCUUUGUAUGUUCUUUGAGGAAAUCGAUGUCGAUUAUUGUGGUGUCAUCACUGCAAAUAAAGGUCAUUGUAUGAUAUAAACAGACAACAACUUUGGCAUGGGUUGAAGUGUAUAAGAGUGUAAAUUAAAAAAGUAAAAAGCCAAUACUGCUCCAUAGAUCUAAAGUUCUGCCAUUAUCGGAUAUAGACGUAUUAAAAAAGAUAGACAUGUUAGACACUAACAUUAUUUUAUUUUAAAGUGGCGCAGGUAGUACUAUAUCUACGUACAGUUAUUUAUUAUGACACGUUGCGCUAACAAUAAGAGACAAAUGAUACGGCAUACCUAUCGUUAGAAAAAAAUUAAAAAGAAAGCUAGCGUCAAAGUUUACACUAGCGGUUAGUGUUGAAAUAAUAAAACUAUUUAUGAACAAAACAUCUUAUAUUCAGAAUAUUAAUGAGACGUUUUUCUUGUCUCUAACAGUUGCCUUGUAAUUUGUGCACCACCUAAUAAAACACAGGAAGGCAUUUUUCUACGAAUAACUAGAAGAUUUAUUUACUCGCUGUAGCAAAGGUAUAGCCGCAACGCGAGAGCGUGGCCGACUGAUGCGAGUCGGGCAAUUACCUGACUUUCGUAUUGCCAUUUUAGACCGAGUAUGACGUAUCUAUACUUUAAAAACAUCUAUGAAAAUAGUCGCGGAUUGCAGUACCAGAAGUCUGAGUAUUUUACAUAACUUUACAAUGGUUAUAUUAUUUCCUUGAGUCGCAUCUUACCACGCCUAAGGAAUGAGAUCACGAACUAUUGCUUGGAUAUCACAACCACGUGAAAAUUAAGUAGUGAGUGUAACGUCCUCCAGACUGUAUUUCGGUCCCGGCGGCCAGUCUCAACGAAGACUUCAGGACAGAAUUAUAAUAUCAAUAAUAUUAGAAAUUAUAGUACACGAGUGUGUGCGCAAGAACAUGUGCUCUGUAUAUUCUUCACUCUCAUAGUCUGGUGGGAUAGCAACUUUCUGACUCCAGGAUGCUAGUGAAAAAUUCCCGUGACCUCAUGACAAGCAGUUGCGCUAACGAUCACUACAUAUGAGGCAGUCGCAGCAGUGAGUAUAUCUGACAUCUGAUCCUCUAGUUACUCCGUGGGUUUGGGUCAAACUCUCACACUGCUCACUUUUUUCGGUAUGGAUAUUUGCCAUCUGGAUAGCAUAAGACAACAUAUUCAUAAUGCAAUCAUUGGGAUAUGAAAUAUCUCUGGUGUCUACCGUGGCAAUUACGAAACCCAUGUGAUGAAAUGGGUUUGGCGAUUUUCUUACAACGCCACCAUUCAACGCACAUAAACAACUUUUAGAUGCUAAUGAAAUAAAAACACUAAAUCUUUGCAUUAUUAGUGUGAGAUUAAAUAUGCGAAUUGAUAUUCCAUUUUCACAGAAAAGAAAAGGAGUCCACCGCCUGGUGGUCUGUGUUUCGGACUGAAAGGGUAUAGAGAACUAGUAAAGUUACAGACUUCGAGGCAUUCCAUCUUAGUCCUCUCUCCUCAGAGGUGCCUCUGAGGAGUGCACUUGAGAUGCCAUCUGGAGCUUCCUUUAUUUGAUUUGAAGUUGGUUGCAGAUGUCCAUGGGCUGCAAUGUCCACUUACCAACCGGUGAACUGUAAUUUCGUGUGUCGCUUCAAUUUCAUAAAAAUAUAGUCAACCUCGCGAGUGCACACUGCUCACUAAUGAACGAGGACGAGACUCUGGCGAAUUCAUCAAAAAAUUCUCAAUAUCACACAGACCGGUAUUCACGAGCAGCAUUACAUAUUUUCGAGUGAGUGUAAGGUGCUGGUUAGCUCUGAGCUCAAAUGUUCUGAAUGAUAUGUGCAGCCUUCAGCAAAUGUCUUAAGGGCUUGACGAGCUUGAAAGAUUAUGAUGUAGUUAGAAAUAUUGGGAUUGAUCUUAAUUGUCGAUCUGUUAGUCUUAAACUGCAUUUUAUAAUGAAUUUGAUGAUACGAAGGCCCAUUGUAACUUUAUUAAACUGUAUUUAAUGUUACAAUUUGACUUUUAUGUCACCUUUAUUACAAAUUUAUCUGAUUUUAACGUAAGACUUUAAGUAAUUUACUUUUUGCUACUUAGCCUGCAGCUUGUAGAAUGAGUGAUUUGCAAGGUGGAUAAAGGCGUUGCGAAAAUAUAUGAAAACUCAUUAUUUUAGUCAUUUCCGACGCCAAUCUGCGCUUGCAAUAAGGACUAAGCUAUUUUAAAAUGAAACAUCGGUCGAAAUCUGAAGUCAGCAUUACCGAUUGAGACUUGCAAAUCUGACAAAAAUAUUGCGAAUAAUUUUGAAAUAAUGCGGAUGCCAAAAACUAUAAUCAGGAAGAAUGUAAGAAUGAGCAAACGUCUUCUUCAUAUCUGUGGAGCUGAUUAAUUUAAAUUAUUGUUACAAAAUUAUUCAAAUAGACUCACUCUUCACUAAGCGUCCCCUCGAAUCCCCCUAGGAAGCUCAUCCUCUUGAAGUAUAUGUAGACACGCCUGUGUAUUCUGACACCGGAUCUUCUUGCUCGUAGCUCCCGGUUAUAUGCGUCACGCAGCGACCGCCAUUUCCUUUGUAUCUGCAGGACUGGCCAAAUUAUGAUUUGACCGAUCAAUUUAUACUUGGUAGGAAACAUUUUUACGACUUAAAUGAUUGUUUGAGCCAACUUUGUAGGUUAAUUAACAACAUAUUUAUAAAUAAUGGCCAUGUACCAUAAACAACAUAACCCUUAAAAACAUUAUAACACCCGUGUUAUAAUGAUAUUUUGUUACAUAAAUAUUGUUUAUCGCUAUUAUUAUACACAUAUAUCUACAAAGUUCGUACUAAACUGAUUAUAAAAUAUCAUUCAAUAACAUAAUUCAACAAGACGUGAUCUUGAAAACAUGUCUUUCGAC